AUGAGCUCCCCUCCCCCAGCAAAGCGCGCCCGUCUCGCCUCUGAGGCCGAAGUCCUCCCUCUCCUCUUCCCAGCGGCCCUACCAGGCGCCCUCAUCAACGCGCACAUCCACAGCGCCAAUCGGCUCCACAUCCUCGGCCUCAUCCCAGAACUGCGCAACCGCAUCAUGGAGAUGGCCCUCUCCUCUCCCGACGACAUCGCGCUCAGCGCCACCAGCCCCCAGCAACCUCCCAUCUUGAGGACUUGCAGCCAGCUUCGCGCGCAGUACACGCGGGUUUAUUACACCAUCAACAGCUUGGUCCUUUCUCUCGAAGCCUACAACGGCGCCGCGACCGUCCCUGCCGUCAAGGCGUUCGUCAAGCAUGUUGAGAGUCCGAUGGAUUUGGAGAUAAUCGAGUUUUUAAGAGUGGAGAAGUGGUGGGUGAACUUGCUGGAGUGGAUGCGCCUGGUGCACGCUGGCGAGAUGCCCAAUUUCGUGGAGGGGGCGGAGCAGCGGUCAGGAGAGCUUCUUGUCAUCGCGCAGAUGUUUGGGGUUGUGGAGGAGAUGAAGGGUGUGGAUUGGGAGAUUACGAGGAAGGUUUUGGAGCGGUUUCGGGUGCUGUUGGGGGAGCAUGAUGUGGACUGGCAUGGUGACCCUCUCGAAGACUAG